AUAGGUAGGGUUAGUGGUAAAUUUGCGAUACAUAACGUGACCGCUUAAACUUUCAUAGUCAUAGCUCACAAUCUGCUUCGGCUUUGGCUUCAGAGUUUGUGUAACCAACUUCACCUUUCCUUCCUUCCUUCCUUCUUCCGAUUUCGAAGAUGGCUGAAGCAGAGGAUGCCGUACGACGCCGUAAUGCGGUCGCCGAGUAUCGAAAGAAACUUCUCCAGCACAAGGAAUUGGAAUCCAGAGUCCGAUCCGUCAGGGAGAAUUUGCGAGCUUCAAAGAAAGAGUUCAAUAAAACAGAAGAUGAUUUGAAGUCUCUUCAAAGUGUUGGGCAGAUCAUUGGCGAAGUUCUCAGGCCUCUUGACAACGAACGCCUUAUUGUUAAAGCAAGCAGCGGUCCCAGGUAUGUGGUUGGUUGCCGCAGUAAAGUGGAUAAGGAAAAAUUGACUUCCGGGACAAGGGUGGUUCUCGAUAUGACAACACUCACCAUAAUGCGAGCUCUUCCUCGAGAAGUUGAUCCAGUGGUUUACAAUAUGUUGCAUGAAGAUCCUGGUAAUAUCAGCUAUUCAGCUGUUGGUGGCUUAUCUGAUCAGAUCAGGGAAUUGAGGGAGUCAAUUGAACUACCUCUGAUGAAUCCUGAGCUCUUUCUUCGAGUUGGAAUUAAACCUCCAAAGGGUGUUCUCCUUUACGGGCCUCCUGGUACUGGUAAAACAUUGUUAGCCAGGGCUAUUGCCAGUAAUAUAGAUGCUAACUUCCUAAAGGUUGUUUCCAGUGCCAUAAUUGACAAGUACAUUGGAGAAAGUGCCAGGUUAAUCAGAGAGAUGUUUGGUUAUGCACGUGAUCACCAGCCGUGCAUCAUUUUUAUGGAUGAGAUCGAUGCCAUUGGAGGUCGCCGUUUCAGUGAGGGAACAAGUGCAGAUCGUGAGAUUCAGAGAACGCUAAUGGAGCUGCUUAAUCAACUCGAUGGAUUUGAUCAACUUGGAAAGGUUAAAAUGAUAAUGGCAACAAACCGACCUGAUGUACUUGACCCUGCUCUCCUGCGUCCUGGGAGAUUGGAUAGAAAAAUAGAAAUCCCUCUGCCUAAUGAACAAUCAAGGAUGGAAAUUCUUAAGAUUCAUGCUGCUGGAAUUGCCAAGCAUGGUGAAAUAGACUAUGAAGCUGUUGUGAAGCUUGCAGAGGGAUUUAAUGGGGCUGAUCUUCGAAAUGUCUGCACAGAAGCUGGAAUGGCAGCAAUUCGGGCAGAGCGUGAUUAUGUGAUCCAUGAAGAUUUUAUGAAGGCUGUUAGGAAACUGAACGAGGCAAAGAAACUUGAAUCCAGUGCACACUACAGUGCUGAUUUUGGUAAAGACUAGAAUCUAUUGCAAAAUUCUUGCAGAGCCAUGGAUAUCUAGGCAGUGCAUCUUGAGUUGGAAAUACCUCAGGCAAGUUACUCAAUUCGUAGGGCUAAGCGUGAUGUUCCCUUUGGGUUGUUCUGGCUUGUGUUUUCCGAAUUCUAAAUUUGGAAGAAGGGUAACUUUAUCAAACGGAUCAAAUCGAUGUUCAAAUGAAUUGUAUUAUCAUUGCCCCCACCCCAACCAACCCAAACCCCUUUUUUUUUCUGGAUUGUAGAAGUGCGACUCAUUUUAUACUGGAUCUUGGCAUGUGCACAAUUUGCUUUAUAUUUUUUAAAAAAAUUAAAAUUGCUUAAUUUUA